AUGGAGAAAUAUUUGGUUCCAGCAAAAUCUUCAGCAGAAGAAAACCAUAGAAAACCCACUCGAUUGUAUCGAUGGAAGAGGAGUUUAACCGAAUUGAAUGGCAGAUUAGAGUCCAAGUACCGCCAUGACCUCUCUGUUCUGCUCUUGCAAUCCUACUCUCAGAUUGGAUCAUUUCCGCAUUUGUAUCAUACAACUGGAGGAGGAGGUGAUGCAGCAAUUCCUUGCCAAACUCAUAUGAAUUCGAGUGGUUUGGACUCGGAUUUGACUCGCCAAUUCGCAAUAAACAAGCAAGGCAUAUCUUUCCUGGAAUUUGACAAAAAGGGAAUUUAUUUAGUAUCAGUGACAAAAUCGGGGUGCUUGACAGUGCAUGACUUUGAAUCACUUUAUUGUCAGGCUAAUGGUUCCUUUCCAUGCUUUGGCGAAGAUGAAAGCAAACAUGUCUUGCACAUUUCUUUGGGCCGACAACUAGAUGUGGUUCGCUGGAAUCUCGCCAACCAAGAUGAGGUCGCUUGCACAUCUAUGAAAAGUAACGAAGUACAAAUUUUUGAUAUUGGUUACAUUUCUUCUGAACCAGUUGAAGUUUUAAGUACUAAGCAUGCUGUCACUGUUCAUGGGUCUGACAUUCGUAAAGGUCUAACUGAUAUAGCUUUUACUUCAGAAUCAAGGUUAAUUGCUUCUGAUACAAAUGGUGGAGUCAAUGUAUGGGAUAGAAGAAUGAGUACACUUCCAUGUCUUGAGCUUACAUCAAAUUCCCGUAGUACCCUUAACAGCAUCAAGUUAAAUGUGGAAAAUCAGAUGGUUUUUGGGGCUGGUCGGCAUGGAAUAGUUUACAUGUGGGAUCUCCGUGGAGGAAGAGCUGCUUCUGCUUUUCAAAUUCAUAAAGAGGUAUACCAUCCACCUGUAACCUCUUGGAAGUUAUCAUCAAUGCUAGAGAGAAUAGGGUCUUUGAAGGCACAGUCAGAUAUUGUCUCCAAAGAAGUGCACUCCAUUGACUUUGAUCCAUCUUGCCCGUAUCAGUUGGCAUUCCAUCUUGAUGAUGGUUGGUCAGGCAUUUUAGAUAUUUACAAUUUUCAAGCAACUCAUGUUCAUUGUCCUCCCCCGGCUUGGUUGAAUGGGUCCUCCACUGAUCUGUUGUGCUUAAGGAAACCAUCAUGGCUACCAACAUAUUCAAUCUAUGUGGUUGGAUCAUCAGCUGACAAUGGCAUCCAUCUUUUAGAUUUCUAUCCCGAUUCCAGCUCUCCUUGCCACGUGGACUACAGUCCUAUUGAAAAUGUAGAGAGGCAAUCCGGGGUGAACGGCAGAAACAAGCAAAAUAGGUUUAUUCCACUGUCUGAAGGUGUUACUGCAUGUGCAGCCCAUCCCCUCAAUGGCACCAUCAUAGCCGGAACCAAGGAAGGAGACGGUGAAAUGAAUUUUGAACCGUUGAUUGGUAUGUUAACGGUCGGCGUAGAUGGCGAUCCAGUUUCGACCGUGGAUUUUGAAGAAAUCAAAGGUCGUGAAUGUUUGGAGAAGCGUGACGAGGGUCGCCAUCCUUGUGCUCUCUUUAGAGGCUUUGGGAGAAUAAACAUGGACCGUAGAUUUGCUUGA